UGGGAGCUGCCUUUAAACCCUGCCUGGUCCUCAGCGGCUGGAGGGAAAUAGCGCUCUCAUCUCUGGGGGGGGAAAGGUGUCGGGAAAAGGGUCGGCAGGCUGAGUAUUUAGUCACCCCCCGCCAAGGCGGCCGGUACUUGCUUGAGGGGGAAGAGGUAGAGCAGCGUCGAAGGGCUCUUGAGUAGGUGCAGAGGAGGCAUGAAGUGGAAACCAAAGAGAUUCGAUUAAAAAAAUAAAAUCUGUGCUUAUAACCAUGAGGCUGUUUAGCUGUCAGAGCUAAGUAGCACCGGUUACCCGGGAAUUUUUCAAGCCUUUGAGGAAGGGGUGUUUCAGCAGGGCAAGCACUAGUGCAGGCAUUGGUUUAAAGGUGAAGGAGCUGCGUAUCCUCUAUCGGACAGGUUGGAAGCUCAGCCAAGGGCCUGACAGAGCAGGAAAGUAAACAUACAUUGAUUCUUUAAAAUUAAAUAUAGCCACUGGAAUUAGUGUCUUCCCUAAUUAUCUUUCCUACGCUGCAAACAGAGGUAUUGCUGGUUUGAUUGGAGGCAGAUGAGCCAGCUGGAAGCUAACUAGCUUGGUUGCCAAAAAACAGUUUAUGGUGGCUGCAUAGUACUAUCCGGCCACCUGAUUGAUUAGUCACCAUCCCAGGCCCUCAGUGACCUCUGCACCAUUGCGGUUACGUGGCUGUUCGUUCCCAGAAUGAUUUCCACUUCAUGAUAAAGAGAGACUUGAGAAAUGGUUGCGGAAUAUGAAACGAGAUGCGUGGACUCCAAGUAAGCACCAGCUUUUAUGCAGUGAUCAUUUUACGCCCGAUUCCCUUGAUGUGCGGUGGGGUAUACGAUACUUGAAACAUACUGCUGUACCAACAAUUUUCUCUUCCCCAGAUGAUGAGGAAAAAGACUCUUCUCAGAACACCCCGGAGGAGAUAAAGAGGGAAGACCUGAAAGAAACAAAUACAAAUGUAGAGCCAGAGAAGGCACCUGUAUCACUUGAACCUUGUACACCAAAGAAAAAUCCUGUAAUUGCAGAAAAUGUAGAUGAAAAUGCAGAAGUAGUUUGUUCAGCUGCAUUGAGUAAACCUUUACAAAUUCAAAGCCUACAACUUCAAAAUGGAGAAUACUUUCAGGCAGACGGUGUCAUUCUUGAUAAUUCCUCUAAGCAGCAUAUAGAUCAACCUAAUCCUGUUUUAAUGGCAGCAGCAGCAGUCCACAGCGUGGAAGCUACCAGUGUUCAUACUUCUGUAGAGGAUCCAGUAGGAUGUACAGCUACAGUCUUGCAAUUUACAGACCCUGACUACUUGAAUUCAUCUCUGAAAGAGAAAAAUGCUUUAGGUUCAAUUACUGACUAUGCAAUUGAAAAUCCAAACUCUCAUAUUGUAGGCUGUUCUGUUGAAGUACAGCCAUCGAGUGAAAAUGCGGUUUUACUGAGUACAGUCACACAAACUAUUGAAGAGUUCAGUGGAAGUGAAGAAUCUGUCAUUGCAAUCAUUGUGCCAGCUGAGAGUCCAGCAGAGCCUGAAAUAGUUAGUACUUCUUUCCUGCCUAUUAAGGAAGAGUUUCUUGACACAGAGGAGACAGAAACAGAUAAAUCUCUGUACAUGGAUGCAUAUGAUGGAAGUGAGGUAUUACAAACUGAGCAUUCAUACUGCAAACAAGACAUAGACAGAGAUCACCUUUGGCAAAAAAUUUCAAAGCUCCACUCUAAGAUCACUCUACUUGAAAUGCAGGAGAUAAAAACUUUGGGGAGACUCAGGUCCUUGGAAGCUCUUAUUGGACAACUCAAGCAAGAAAACAUGCUUUCUGAAGAAAAGCUGAAGAUUGUAGAAAACUGCUUUACAACACUUGAAGUGACUAUGAUACAGUAAAGGCUUUCAGUGAUUGUUCUAAAAUAUCUCUUUAGCCUCUCUGACUGUCCGUUUGUACAAAUUAACUUUUGUUUCAGUCAUGGUACUUUAAAAAUCUGAUGCAAAUUGUGUGAAUAGCAGAUAUUCUUUAAAAUGUUACAUCAACGACUACCAAAGCUAGGUUGUAGGAUAUUGCCUAUAAAACAUGACUUGCAAGUAAGCUUUAAAAGAGAAUAAAACCUGUUAAAGUUUUGUUAAAAAGUAUGUGAAUUGAAUCAAUAAAGAUAAGUUAAAUUUUUCUAGCUGCAGGCUCCUCUGAAACAUGCAACUCCUGCAUUUGGGGCAGCAGUAGAAUGGACAGAAUAAGGAUGUAGGGUGGGCAAUUACAGAAGUGCUGUUUAAAAAAAAAAAAAAAAAGUGUCCCAGUUCUCUCUCAAAUGAGUAAUGAGGUAUGUAAUACACAUUGUCCAGUGAGACCACGAUUACUCUUUAAUCUUCUGUUCAUCUAACAUUUGUUCUGACAGUUUUUUGUACACUUUGAUCUUAUUAAAAUUGUUUCUGCAAUAAAA